GCUGCUGGUCCUCUGGGGGGCUUUCAUCGGCGCUCAUUACAUCCGAGGGAAUGGUGUCCGCACCGCAGAUCCACGCAACUCUUUCUGAAUGUUUGGCAUUUUUUGCAGGCGAGCAUCUUGACUUGUGAUCGAGAGAGACGCGGACUGCAGCAGCCUCCGAUCCUUUCACAUGGAGAUUUGUGCCUCGCUCGCACCGCACAUCUUGAAAACGGGGACCGGGGCCCUGCUGGUUUUCCCCUCAGAAUCGGCUUCAUUUAUUCGAGAAAAUGCAGAACUCAAACAGCAGAUGAACUAUGAAUGCUGAACACAAUGAUCUCCUCCCUCCAGCGCCAGACAAUGAGAGGUCGUAGGCUGAAGGGGGCGCUGUCCAACCCCCUAUUCGUGCUGCUUUUGGCCCUUCAGAUCCUGGUCGUGGCUGGGCUGGUUCGCGCUCAGACCUGUCCUUCUGUCUGCUCAUGCAGCAACCAGUUCAGCAAAGUAAUAUGCACCCGCCGAAGUCUACGGGACGUCCCAGAUGGCAUUUCCACCAACACUCGCUACCUGAACCUCCAGGACAACCUCAUCCAGGUCAUCAAGGUGGACAGUUUCAAACAUCUGCGCCAUCUGGAGAUCCUGCAGCUGAGCAAAAACCACAUUCGCAACAUUGAAAUUGGCGCCUUUAAUGGACUGGCCAGUCUCAACACUUUGGAGCUUUUUGAUAAUCGGCUCACGACAAUCCCCAAUGGAGCAUUUGAGUACCUGUCCAAGCUGAAGGAAUUGUGGCUACGGAACAACCCGAUCGAAAGUAUACCAUCUUAUGCCUUCAACCGAGUCCCCUCGCUUCGAAGGCUGGAUCUAGGUGAGCUCAAACGUCUCUCUUACAUUUCUGAUGGAGCCUUCAAGGACUUGAGCAACCUGCGCUACCUAAACCUGGGAAUGUGCAACCUCAAGGAGAUCCCAAACAUUUUACCUUUGAUCAGGCUUGAAGAGCUAGAAAUGUCAGGAAACCAGCUCACUGUUGUCAAGCCCAGCGCAUUUUUAGGAUUAGUGAACCUCCAGAAGCUGUGGAUGAUGCAUGCCCAGAUACAAACUUUAGAGAGGAAUUCCUUUGAUGACCUUCAGUCUCUGGUGGAGCUCAACCUAGCUCACAACAACCUUACCUUUCUACCACAUGACCUCUUCACACCGUUGCAUCGCCUGGAGCGGGUCCACCUCCAUCACAACCCUUGGAACUGCAACUGUGAUAUCCUGUGGCUCAGCUGGUGGCUGAAGGAGACAGUACCCGCUAAUACUAGCUGCUGCGCCCGUUGCCAUUCGCCUGCAGUCUAUAAAGGUCGCUACAUUGGGGAAUUGGACCACAGCUACUUCCAGUGCGAUGUUCCUGUCAUUGUGGAGCCACCCAGUGACUUGAAUGUGACAGAAGGCAUGGGUGCAGAGCUUAAAUGUCGUACAAGCUCGCUGACAUCCAUCAGCUGGCUUACACCAAAUGGCUCGCUGGUGACACAUGGGGCUUACAAGGUACGUUUGUCUGUACUCAAUGAUGGGUCACUGAACUUUACUAGUGUCACCAUGCAGGACACUGGGACUUACACCUGUAUGGUAAGCAACACAGCAGGCAACAUUUCUGCCUCUGCUGUGCUUAAUGUCACUUCUGUGGAAAACAGCGGGGUGACCUAUUUUACCACAGUCACUGUGGAGACCAUUGAGUCCCCGGGGGACUAUAGCCAAACGCCACUUCCCCCAUUUGGCUGGGUGUCAUCCUCGACAACAAAAGGUACUCCUAUUUCCACAAGGACCACAGAGCGGACUUACACCAUUCCAGUUCUUGAUCCGGAUGGAGAGGGAGCCCUCAAUGGCCUGGAUGAGGUGAUGAAAACUACCAAGAUUAUCAUUGGCUGCUUCGUGGCCAUAACGCUAAUGGCUGCUGUUCUGCUGGUAAUUUUCUACAAGAUGAGGAAGCAACAUAACCAGCAGGAUCCGGAUGGCCCUGCCUCCUCCAUGGAGGUCAUUACAGUUGAAGAAGAGCUUGCAGGUGUUGCUGCCAUGGAGAGACACCUAUCGCUGCCUCCUCUGGAGCACUACAACCACUACAACACCUACAAGAGCAGUUACCACCACGGUCCUAUGCUCAGUACCAUACACAGCUCAGCCACACAGGAACCUUUACUGAUUCAAGCCUGCUCAAAAGACAAUGUACAAGAGACCCAAAUCUGAUCUUGAAUUUGACUAAACAUCUUGUGUCAGCAGUUUCAUACUUGGAGUACAAUGGACCAAAUGUGAAGAUAAAAAAGAAGUCAAGAUGACAUUAACCUGACAGAGGUGAUGUCUGUAAUGACGAAGAAUCACCAUUUGGCAAAGGGACGACAUAUGAUACUUUACCAAGUGUCUUUACAAAAACAAAGAUUAUUUAUUAAAAGUAUGUCUAGUGGCUAAAUGAAGAAAAACAAUUUGUGAUAGCUUUUAAGCUCAUUUUAUUUCUCUCUUUCUGUGUAAUACUGCACAAGGGAAAGAAUGGUUUACAAAACAAAUGAACACAAGCAAACAAAUACAGCUCAUGUGUAGAAAAUGAUCUAUAAUUAAUAUAACGCCAUUCAUUUAAUAUUUAGAUUUUACCUGAUAAUAAUGUGUUUUGUUUGAGGGCACCGUUUUAAGAUGUAUAAGCAUUUACCAAUUUGAAAUCUGCUAGUUUUUCAGGCCACCAUGUCCAAUUCAGCAGUGUUUUAUAAGAGUAAAAAUAAACAUAAAAUGGGUUUAUUCAUGCUGUCAUGUUCCAGCUGACUGUCACUCAACACCAAAUUAGAUCCUCUAAUGAUAGAGCUCUGGAUGAUAUCGCAGGGAAGCCAGCAUGCCUGAGGAGCAAGGCAGCCAAAUUAGUAACUGCAUUUCCCCUGUGGCUCCUAAAAAACAACCAUACAUCCUUCACUUUAAUUAAGAUUAAGUUCUUGCUCCCACUCUUCCUUCUACCUUUACUUUACACUUCAACCUCUACAAUUUCUCACCUUGUACACCUCCUCUCUUCUUUAAGUCUAGGCUUGAUCUUCCCUGUAUUCCCCUCUCAUCUUUCUUACAUGUCCUCUUGUUUCUUUCAUUGUCUCUCUGUCACUUAGCUCAGGCACGUUCUUCACCCUUCGCCAUGUCUCAUUUGUCUCGCUUUAUCCGCCGGCAUGUGCCGCACGACGGCAGAAUAUUGCUUGGGAAAAUGAAGGGGAGCAUAAGGCUGCAGUAUGUAGCCACCCUGUUAACCUAGUAAUGAUCUACGUCCACUCAGUGUCGCGUUACCUUACCCCAGGGUCAUACGAGCAUGGGAGCUGAUAGUCCAUCUGUUAAACAGCUAAAGAGGCAAAUGAGGCUGCUUUGUAAUGUGUGACCCUGUCAGACUAAAGCAGACGGGGCUAACAUAGUCAGUGAAGCAGCUAGGAACCUGCAAGAAAAUAAGGGGAGAUGGGUUGUAGCUCAUUAAUCUGUAUCAGCAGUUCAUUUGCAGAGGGAAAGCUGAUAACAAAACAGCAUAAGACUUUUCCACUCUCCCUGCGCCCGACAUCUAACGGGGGGGAGAGGCCUUUGAUAUUGAAGUGACCCCUGCUCAGUCUCAUUUUUGAGAGAAAAACACCCACACUUUGAUGUUGCGUGAUUUAUAGACCAUCAAAACAUUGUCUCUCCUGUAGUCUGUUUGCGCUUUGAUUUUUCAUUUACUUUUCAAAGAGGAAGGCUUAAGGAAAAGGGAGGUAGGGAAGAAAAGUGAUAAACAGAGGGUGGAAAAAGGCGAGCCAAACCCACAAUGGCCAUAAGGGGUCUUCAAACAAAUAUAUUGCUGAUAUGAAGCAGGAGGAGUGAAAAAAAAGAUAAGGAACAAGGAGGCAAAACUAGCCAUCAGACCGUCGCCAUGGAAACAGUGACCUUGUGCAGAAAGAAAGGAGAGGUAGAUAUGCCUUUCACUUUGGUCUCUGUGCAACAAGCAUAUUUAAUUUCCCACCGGCAAUUUCAGAAAUGCGACAAAUUAUCGACAAAACUGACAAUUGAAUGUACAUUUAAAAAUAGUUCUUAUGGGAUUUGAGCUUUGUGACAUUAUUUUGCAGUGCAACAAACAUGUUCAGUUACUUGAAUGAUAUAUUACUGAAUGAUGUGAACAUUUUAACAUAAAUGUCCAGCAGCCGUACUAACAUAGAUUUGAGUGUGAGCCACAUUAAGCACUGGCACACGCACAAAAUCAUAUACUUCUUAUCAAUCAGUCCCCUAAAUGUAUUUAUUACGAUUUAUACAAAAUACAGAUUAAUGACUGGUGAUCCCUCGCGAAACCUAUUCAUUAUCAGCCUUUCAUUUUGUGUUACGAAAGGCGAGAAUAAUACCAUCAAUGGUAACAACGUAGAGUAAACCAUUCUUUCCCUUUCCACUGUUUUCUUUUUCAAUGCUCGAUACCUUUUCAAUGCUUUUGGUGGCUUAAUGAUUCAAUGUUGACGCUGGCUACAGUGAAAAAAAAGGUUGAGAUUUUUUAUAUAUAUAUUUGGGGAUGAGGGUUGUGAGUUAUCAGGAUGAGUGGAAUAUCUCUGUAUUGGUAUUUGCGUGAGCAGGAUGGCUUUAUGUGGAGAUCAAUUUGAAUGCCAGAAUGAAAUUAGACUGACCUGCAGAAUGUUGGACUUGAAAUACCAGCAGAGUGAGCUUGAUUUUUGUGCAAAACCCCAAGCCAAGGUUAUCCGAUUCUUGUGUGUUAUUCUGCCUACUGUCUAUGUAUAGGGAGGGUUACUGUAUGUGGGAAUAUUGUCUCUCAUUUUUGGAGAGAAUAGUCAUCAAAAGGUUACAUUUCUACAAAAUAAAAAAAAUAUUUUCAAAAACAUAAUGCAAAAAAAAAAGAUCUUCAGAUCAUAAUUUUACAUGUGCUUCAAUUGUUAAAAAAAGACAAAAAAGCUAAAACAAAAAGAAGAAAAAAAACAAGAGACUGUGCUUGUAAGGAGUCCAACUCAUUUCUCUGAGGAUGAUGUUCAAUUAUUGAUACCUGAGAUUGUAGUUCAUACUGUACAUGAAUACAAAUAAAAGUUGCAAUUCUUUUUUUUCCAA